UGUAGCUUCUCAUCAUCACUACGCUUGUUUCCCGUGUCGCCGCGGUCUGACUGCCCGUGCCAAAGCGCUGUCUGCUCUGCUGCUGCUCUGUACCCUUGUCAUCAGCUUGCACGGCUGUUUGACACCUCCGCGUGCCUUUGAAGCGUUCGCCAAACGGCGGGAAUGCUUCCACAUUUCAUGCGCAGUGCACGUGGUUCAUCAUUAGGGUAACCGCAAUAUCUGAAGCCUCUGUGUUGAGGUCGUGCGUGCGGGACCGAGGGAGGGCAGGAGAGAAACAGGAAGAAAGAUCCAGUCUCGGCGGGAGAGAUGCAGCGCGAGAGGGAUUUUCUCUAUGAAGAGAUUGAGUCAAACUCGGCUUCCCUCACACGCGCAUUGCCCCUUCUGGCGCUUCAUUAAUCAUUCACGGACGUUGUGGCGAGGAGGAGCUGAAUUAUCACCGCGAAUGAUUCAACAUGCAAAUACGCACCAACUGCAAAACUUUCUCGUCAGCAUCUUCUGGGGCAAGUGGUUAACAUUGCUACCAGAUAUUUCAGCGGGAGUUGAGGGCGCAAAGUCCGGCCGUCGGUGGGUUUAGCUCCGGGAUUCUACCUCACUUUCCGGUCACCAUGAAGCGGCGGCAGAAGCGCGUGCUGCAGAUGGCCUUCGUGUUCACCGUGGCGCUGAUAUUUCUCCCGAACGUCGGCCUGUGGUCGUUAUACCGGGACAAACACCUGAUGAAGUCUCAUGAGGUUGGUGAGCAGGGGUUCUCUCUAGGCGUAGGGGGGGAGGACCAGGUCUUCAGCUGGACUGACGGUCUCAGGAGGAGAGACUGGCACGACUACGACAGCAUCAGGAGAGACCAGCAGCGCGUAGGUAAAGGAGAACAUGGGAAGCCCUACCCGCUGGCUGAGGAUGAGUGUGAUGACUCCGCCUACAAGGAGAAUGGCUUCAACAUCUACGUCAGCGACCACAUCCCUCUCGACCGCUCUCUACCCGACAUCAGACACCCCAACUGCAGACAGAAGCUGUACCUGGACAGGCUUCCCAACACCAGCAUCAUCAUCCCCUUCCACAACGAGGGAUGGUCCUCCCUGCUCAGGACCAUCACCUCCAUCUCCAACAGGACCCCCGACCACCUCAUCCACGAGAUCAUCCUGGUGGAUGACUACAGUGACAGAGAGCACCUGCAGACCCGUCUAGAAGACUACAUGUCCCAGUUCCCUAAAGUGCGCAUUGUCAGAACCAGGAAGAGGGAGGGGCUAAUCAGGACACGCCUCCUGGGGGCGUCUGUGGCGAGGGGAGAGGUGCUUACUUUCUUAGACUCCCACUGUGAGACCAACAUUAACUGGCUGCCUCCACUACUGGACCAGAUAGCCCAGAACUCCAGGACCAUAGUGUGUCCCAUGAUAGAUGUGAUAGACCAUAACCACUUUGGCUACGAGGCGCAGGCUGGAGACGCCAUGAGGGGAGCGUUUGACUGGGAGUUGUACUACAAGCGCAUCCCUAUACCUCCUGAGCUGCAGGGCUCAGACCCCAGCCAGCCCUACCCGUCUCCAGUGAUGGCCGGUGGUCUGUUUGCAGUGAACCGCCAGUGGUUCUGGGAGCUGGGAGGGUACGACACGGGACUGGAGAUAUGGGGAGGAGAGCAGUACGAGAUCUCGUUCAAGGUCUGGAUGUGCGGAGGCAGCAUGUACGAUGUCCCCUGCUCCAGAGUGGGACACAUCUACAGGAAGUACGUUCCAUAUAAGGUCCCAACAGGAACCAGCCUGGCCAGAAACCUGAAGCGUGUAGCGGAGACGUGGAUGGACGAGUACACAGAGUUCAUCUACCAGCGGCGGCCCGAGUACCGCCACCUCUCCACUGGGGAUCUGACCAAUCAGAAGGCCAGGAGGAAGCAGCUUGGCUGUAAGGGCUUUAGGUGGUACAUGAACACGGUGGCCUGGGACCUGCCUCGGUACUACCCCCCUGUAGAACCAGCUGCUGCUGCCUGGGGAGAGAUACGUAGUGCAGCAUCAGGCCUGUGUGUAGACGCUAAGCAUGGCUCUACAGGAGCAGAGGUGAGACUGGACACCUGUCUGAAGGAGGGGGAGGAGCGCACCUGGGCCCACGAGCAGAUCUUCACAUUUGGCUGGAGGGAGGACAUCCGUCCAGGAGACCCUCUCCACAGCAGGAAGCUGUGUCUGGACGCUGUGUCUCAGACCAGCCCUGUCACUCUGUAUGACUGCCACGGCAUGAAGGGCAACCAGCACUGGAGCUACAGACAGGACCUGUCCCUGUUCCAUAGAGUGAGCAGUGGCUGUAUGGACAGCUCUCCAGCAGACAGGAGGAUUUUCCUCAGGCCCUGUGACCCCUCCUCCCAGACCCAGAAGUGGCUGUUCCAGAGAGUCAACACCACCGUGCUCCACAAACUCAACAUCAUGGACCCGCCAACUUCCUAGGACAGCCAACCAGCUGCCUCCCUGGACCCUCUAAGGGAUGGUCCAGCCAAUCAGAGGCCUGCUAACAGACGGAGGGGGAGGUCUGUCUGUCCUGCCCUAGACUCCUCCCCCUGGGGUCUGAUCUAAAGUAAAGGAGGAAGGCUGCAUUGACUUACUGUCUACCUGUCCCGCAUCCUGCUGGGAUAUGUAGUUCUCAGAAGAGUAGGAGCAGGCCAGCUAGGAGGGUGUACCUGGCUCAGGAACUCAGAAUCUUCUAGAAGGUUCUAUCCUGCUUCACUAGGGGUUAAAGGUAAAAAGGUAAUGAGGUCUUGUAGACUGGUUCUUGAUCAGAGAUCUCUCUAUACCUCUCCCUCUUUCUCUCUCUCCACAGCAUGGCUUGCCCCUACUGGAACUAGGGAUAAAGGGUUAUCUUUUUAUAUGACUAUUUAUGUAUGUAUAUAUUUAUUAUUUGAUCUGUUUAUUUAUGUAUUUAUUUGGUCUUUUUAGGGAAGUAACUUAUCUCAGCGUGUUUGAAGGUGAUUUAGUUAUGGUUGAAAUGGUCGUUGUAAUGACCUAAUACACUUGAACUAAUGAACUUUGCACAGCAGCUUCGUAUUCUGUUCUGUUGAAACGUCUUUUUUUUAAAAUAAAGAUCAUGUUAGGCUCAAUAAAAGACUGAGCAGGAUAGAUGGAGAUGA